AGAUUAUCAACUUACCCUGGCCUACUUGAAAUUAAAGUUAGCUCGUGUAUUCGCCUUCGUUGACUCAUUUCCUCCAGUGAGAGGAAACUGACUGAGGGCACUUCUUUUCUCGCGGGGUUUCAGAGAUGGACGGUGUAUGCAAAAAAGUUUUCGAGCUGGAGAAGGAGCUAGUCAACGACCAUUUGCAAGAACAGUUGGAGGAAAGUCUGGCCAUUUUGUUGUGAAUUAGAUUGUGAUCUUAUCACUACAGCAGACGAAGAUGGCCGAGGAACAAUCUGCACACUUCUCCUUCCCAGGAGAGGAAGAGAAGAUCCUAAGUUUGUGGAAUGAGAUUGACGCUUUCCAUACCUCUUUGAAAUUGAACGAAAAUAAACCAGUUUUUACCUUUUACGAUGGCCCACCAUUUGCCACUGGUACCCCCCAUUAUGGUCAUUUCUUGGCAUCCACCAUAAAGGAUAUCAUUCCCAGAUAUGCGUCCAUGAAUGGCUAUUCGGUCGAGAGAAGAUUUGGUUGGGAUACCCAUGGUUUACCAGUUGAGCAUGAGAUCGACAAGAAAUUGGGCAUUACUUCCAAACAGGAUGUCAUGGAUAUGGGUAUUGCCAAGUAUAAUGAAGAAUGUAGAGCCAUUGUUAUGAGAUAUGCAUCCGAAUGGAAACACGCAAUCACCAGAUUGGGUAGAUGGAUCGAUUUCGAAAACGAUUACAAGACAUUGUAUCCGUCUUUCAUGGAAUCCGUUUGGUGGGCAUUUAAGGAGCUUUACAAGAAAGAUUCUGUUUAUGCAGGUUUGAGAGUUAUGCCUUAUUCUACCGGUGUCACCACCGCCUUGUCCAACUUCGAAGCAGGCUUGAACUAUAAAGAUGUCAAUGACCCUGCCGUUACUGUUGGUUUCGCGUUGGCUGAUGACCCAAAGACUUUCUUGGUCGCUUGGACUACCACCCCUUGGACCUUACCUUCCAACAUUGCUUUGUGUGUCAAUCCUGACUUUGAGUACGUCAAGAUUUUUGAUGAAGAAAAGCAGGUUACUUAUAUCAUGUUAGAAUCCUUGAUCAAGAACUUGUACAAGAAGCCAAAGGAUGCCAAGUAUAAGAUUACCGGCAAAGUGAAGGGUUCCGAAUUGGUUGGCACGAAAUAUACUCCAUUAUUCGACUACUUCCAAGAUAAAUUCAGUGAUUCUGGUUUCAGAGUUAUCGGUGCCUCAUACGUUUCCGAUGAUUCAGGUACAGGUAUCGUUCAUCAGGCACCAGCUUUUGGUGAACAGGAUUUUGAUGAAUGUACUGCAGCUGGUGUUAUCAGCGAGAAAUUACAACCCCCAAAUCCAGUUGAUGAUGAAGGUAAGUUCACCCCUGAAGUCACCGAUUUCAAAGGUCUAUAUGUCAAAGAUGCUGACAAGGAAAUUAUCAAAUUUUUGACUGCCAAGGGCAAUUUAUUAUUGGCUUCUCAAAUCAGACAUAGUUAUCCAUUUUGUUGGAGAUCUGACACUCCAUUACUAUAUAGAACUGUUCCAGCCUGGUUUGUUAGAGUUAAAGAAAUCAUCCCUAAGAUGCUCGAAAGCGUGGAUAAAACCAGAUGGGUUCCAAACGUUAUCAAGGAAAAGAGAUUUUCAAACUGGAUUGCCAAUGCCAGAGAUUGGAAUGUUUCAAGAAACAGAUACUGGGGUACCCCAAUUCCUCUCUGGGUCUCUGAAGAUAUGAAGGAAAUUGUAUGUGUUGGUUCCAUUCAAGAAUUGAGAGAUCUUUCUGGAGAUCAAACCAUUACAGACAUUCACAGAGACAAGAUCGAUCACAUCACCAUUCCAUCUAAGCAAGGUAAAGGUCAGUUGAGAAGAAUUGAUGAUGUUUUCGAUUGUUGGUUUGAGUCAGGUUCCAUGCCUUACGCUUCUAAGCACUAUCCUUUCGAAAACAAGGAGCAAUUCAAGGAUGCGUUCCCUGCUAACUUUAUUUCUGAAGGUUUAGACCAAACCAGAGGCUGGUUCUACACUUUAUCUGUUUUGGGUACUCAUUUGUUCGGAACUGUUCCGUACAAAAAUGUUAUUGUGUCCGGUAUCAUUUUAGCUGGUGAUGGUAAGAAAAUGUCAAAGAGAUUGAAGAAUUAUCCAGAUCCAAAUCUCAUCACUACCAAAUAUGGUGCUGAUGCAUUGAGAUUGUACUUGAUUAAUUCUCCUGUGUUGAGAGCCGAGACUUUGAAAUUCAAAGAAGAGGGUGUCAAGGAAGUUGUCUCGAAGGUUCUUUUACCAUGGUGGAACUCUUACAAGUUCUUGGAGGGUCAAAUUGCAUUGUUGAAAAAAAGUGAAAACAUUGACUUCAAGUUUGAUCCAUCUUCUAGAUCAGAGAAUGUCAUGGAUAGAUGGAUUUUGGCUUCUCUUCAAUCUUUGAUUAAAUACAUUCACGAAGAAAUGACUGAAUAUAGAUUAUACACUGUUGUUCCAAGAUUGUUAGGAUUGAUCGACCAAUUGACAAACUGGUAUAUCAGACUUAACAGAAGAAGAUUGAAAGGUGAAAAUGGCAUUCCAGAUUGUUUGAAGGCAUUGAACACCUUGACUGAAACUAUGUUUAUUAUGGUUAGGGCAAUGGCUCCUUUUACUCCAUUCUUGUCGGAUUCCAUCUACCAAAGAUUGAGACCUCUAUUCUCUGAAGAGACUUUGAACAAAUAUGGUGUCAACCAUAAAUCUGUACACUUCUUAGCAUACCCAACUGUCAACGAAGAGCUUUUCGAUGAAAAAAUUGAAGUUGCCGUUGGCAGAAUGCAAAAAAUCAUUGACUUGGGUAGAAACAUCAGAGAGAAGAAGACCAUUUCAUUGAAGACACCAUUGAAAGAAUUGGUUGUGUUAAAUUCUGAUGAUGAUUACUUGAAAGAUGUCACAUCAUUGAAGAAGUACAUCAUUGAGGAAUUGAAUGUCAGAGAAAUCAUCAUCACUGCUGAUGAAGAGAAGUACGGUGUGGAAUACAGAGCUGUUGCAGACUGGCCAGUUUUAGGCAAGAAGUUAAAGAAGGAUGUUAAGAUUGUUAAGGAAGGUUUACCUAAAUUAACCUCCGACGAGGUCAAGGACUUCUUGAAGAGCGGCAAGGUUACAGUGAGUGGUAUCAAUCUUGGAUUAGAAGAUUUAAAUGUGUUGAGAGGUUUACCAGAAUCUAUGAAUGCAAGUGGUCAAGAAGCUAGAUCCGAGAGUGAUGUUUUGAUCAUUUUGGAUAUCAACUUAUACCCAGAAUUAGAAACCGAAGGUAUUGCCAGAGAAUUAAUCAACAGAAUCCAAAGGUUGAGAAAGAAGUUUGGUCUUGAGCAAACAGACGAAGUUCAAGUUCAAUACGAAGUCAAGAAAGAUGACUGCGAUCUCGAAAAGAUCAUCAAAGAUCAUGCUGACAUCUUAUUGAAGUGUACCAAGAUUCCAAUGGAGCACGUAACAUCAUCAGACAAGGAAGUUAUAGGUGAAGAAGAUGCAUCAAUCAAUGACACUGUGGUGUUAUUAAGACUUUUGAAACUAUGAUGUCUCUGAUAUAUAGUUAUAUACAAGUAGAUAGUAAUUUGUAUACACAUGUGUAUGUGUACAUGCAAGGUGUAUGCUCGAAACAUCUGCUUUUUCAACUUGAUAACAUUAGUAUGAGU